AUGGGUCGUCAGCAAGAGAAAAAGGGAAAAGCCCCGGAGGAUAUCUCGCCUAUGCGUUUACCCUGGACGAUGUGGAUGCACAGCGAGGCGAAGAACAUGUUCGUGGCAGCCUUGGGAGAAUGGGUAGGGACAACAAUGUUUUUGUUCUUCGCCUUUGCUGGAACGCAGGUCGCGAAUGCUCAGAGUAAAACGCCCUCGGAGGCGACAACAACGAACGCAACGACGGGAUUUAACCCAGUCGUCAUGUUGUACAUUUCUAUCUCUUUCGGCUUCAGUCUCAUGGUCAACGUUUGGGUCUUCUUCCGUAUAUCAGGUGGUCUCUUCAAUCCUGCGGUUACCUUGGCUUUGUGGGCUACUAGGGCCAUCACUGCGCAUAGAGCACUCGUCCUUUUUCUAUCCCAGAUUGUUGGCAGUAUUACUGCAUCAGCGCUGGUGUUAGCCAUCUUCCCAACGCCUCUCAAUGUCCGCACUACCCUCAGCGACGGUACAUCAUUGGCCCAAGGUGUUUUCAUCGAGGCACUCAUGACGGCAGAAUUGGUCUUCACCAUUCUGAUGUUGGCCAAGGAAAAGCACCGGUCAACCUUCAUCGCUCCCGUGGGAAUUGGCCUCGCGCUUUUCAUCGCUGAGCUCGUGGGCGUCUAUUACACAGGUGGCUCUCUGAACCCAGCGCGUAGUUUCGGACCUUGCGUUAUAACGGGCUCGUUCGACACCGAACACUGGAUUUACUGGGUCGGCCCUUUUGUAGGAUGCGUGAUCGCGGUGGCAUUCUACAAGUUCAUCAAGACUCUCGAGUAUGAAAUGGCAAAUCCCGGCCAGGACGGUGAUGACGCCAAUGAUCCCACCAAGAAUCCCAAUCACGAGGUACGCGAAAAGCAGCGGGAGAUGACAGCGAAAAUUCUUUCGUCCUUAGCUGUGGCCAGUAGAAGACGCCGAAUAAGUUUGUUCUCGGAAGAUGGCACCAUGCCAGCAGGUUGA